AAAGUGUGAUCCCAUUUUCACCCACCUCGUUCCUUUCAAAAUUUGAUCUUUAUCUAACAUUUUUUUUUUCCUUCUUCAAACUCUGUCUCAGAGCAACAACUUCCAUUUCAUUCUUGUUGCAUGUAAACCACUUUCUUUUACACUCAAAUCUAAUGGCUUUUCACGACCCAGAAAUGGCCUUUAACACCAAAGACAACAUGCAACAAAGACUUGACAUUCUUCACAUAAAUACAACUACUUCAACAACACCACCAACAUCAGCUUUAACUGCUGCCAAUCCUCCUCCUCCACCACCACCAACGUGGCUCAACAACGCGAUUCUCCAGCAACAAAACGAUGACGUUGACCACCACCACCACCAGGGUUCAGUUUCAGCCCCCAACAACAACAGUGAUAGUAACAACUCUAGAGAGGACUGGGAGAGUGUGAAAUGUAAAGCUGAGAUAUUAGGACAUCCUUUGUAUGAACAACUUUUGACUGCACACGUGUCUUGUUUAAGGAUCGCCACGCCUGUUGAUCAGUUGCCAAGGAUUGAUGCUCAGUUAGGUCAGUCUCAGGAUGUCAUGGCUAAGUACUCAGCUCUUGGAAACGGAGUUGGACACUUGGUUGACAGUAAGGAGCUCGAUCAGUUCAUGACACAUUAUGUUCUGUUGCUCUAUUCCUUUAAAGACCAAUUGCAACAACAUGUCCGUGUCCAUGCAAUGGAAGCAGUAAUGGCUUGUUGGGAGCUUGAGCAAUCUUUGCAAAGCUUAACAGGUGUAUCCCCGGGUGAAGGCACAGGUGCGACCAUGUCAGAUGAUGAUGAAGACCAGGCAGAUAGUGACUUAAACUUGUAUGAUGGAAGUCUGGAUGGGACUGAUAGCAUGGGAUUUGGUCCUCUUGUUCCAACUGAAACUGAGAGAUCGUUGAUGGAGCGUGUUCGGCUAGAACUGAAGCAUGAGUUGAAACAGGGUUAUAAGGAGAAGAUUGUGGACAUCAGAGAAGAAAUUCUGCGAAAGAGAAGAGCUGGGAAACUGCCAGGUGACACCACCUCACUCUUAAAAGCUUGGUGGCAGUCACAUGCUAAGUGGCCAUACCCAACUGAGGAAGACAAAGCAAAAUUGGUGCAGGAAACUGGCUUGCAUUUAAAGCAGAUAAAUAACUGGUUUAUAAACCAAAGAAAAAGGAAUUGGCAUAGUAAUCCUUCAUCUUCUACUUCUUCGAAGACCAAACGCAAGAGAAGUAAUGCAGGUAAGUCUAGCAGUGAAAAUUUCGUGUAAAGGAAGGAUUGAAGCAUCACUACCAGGUUUCACUUCAUGUCUACUUCUUGGUGGGAAGCAACAUCAGAUCACUUGUUAGGGGCACAAUGCAACUGGAAGGGAAACUUAUGAAGACUGUUAGCAUAUAUCUGCUUUACUCAUACAUGAAACCUUAAUCAUUCAACUAAACAAGGCUGCCUUUUUAUACUUACAAUAGCAUUCGACUCAAACGCUGAUUAAUUCCUAUCAUGUAUAGAUAUGCUUGAAGACCUCUGUAACGCUUUAUCAUUUUAGAGGAUCAAAUUUCAAGCAUUAUGAGAUUAGAACAAAAUUCUUCUGGAUGGCUUUUCUUGAUCAUGGUCCCUGUAAUUUGAGAAAACUUUGCUUUAUGGUUUUAUAUCUGUGAAUAAGAAUGCAUUUUAACUUGA